AUGAGGUCAUUCAACCAGGUUUCAUCAGCCCCAGGCGGGGCAAGCAAAGGUGGUGGAGAAGAGCCCGGGAAGCUGCCGGAGCAGGCAGAGGAGGAAUCCCAGGUUUUGCACGGAACUGGCCACUGUAAGUGGUUCAACGUGCGAAUGGGAUUUGGAUUCAUCUCCAUGAUAAGCCGAGAGGGAAGCCCCUUGGAUAUUCCAGUCGAUGUAUUUGUACACCAAAGCAAAUUAUUCAUGGAAGGAUUUAGAAGCCUAAAAGAAGGAGAACCAGUGGAGUUCACAUUUAAAAAAUCUUCCAAAGGCCUUGAAUCAAUACGGGUAACAGGACCUGGUGGGAGCCCCUGCUUAGGAAGUGAAAGAAGACCCAAAGGGAAGACACUACAAAAAAGAAAACCAAAGGGAGACAGAUGCUACAACUGUGGUGGCCUUGACCAUCACGCGAAGGAAUGUAGUCUACCUCCUCAGCCAAAGAAGUGCCAUUGCUGUCAGAGCAUCACGCACAUGGUGGCGAACUGCCCUCACAAAACGGUGGUGCAGCCGCCCGCCGGUCCUCAGGGAAGACAGGAGGCAGGGCCCCAGCCGUGCACCGCGUUCCCUCGAGAGGUGGGGGGUGGCCGCGGCUAUCCGUCACCACCGCUGCCUCAGGAGGCGAGGUCCGAGGUCUCAGAGCGGCCAGGCACGUCACCUGCAGAAGCGUCCUCCACAAAGUCACCUGCAGCACCAGAAGAUCAAAGCAAAAAGGGGCCUUCCGUUCAAAAACGGAAAAAGACAUAA